UGGGUCUUACAACAAGGGUUUCUUACAACCACAGGUCUUAGAACCGAGGGUCUUACAACAAGGGGUUCUUACAAGUGGGGUUCUUCCAACCAGGGGUUCUUACAAAAGGGGGUCUUACAACCAGGGGUUCUUACAACCAGGGGUCUUACAACAAGGGGUUCUUACAACCUUGGGUUCUUAAAACCAGGGGUCUUAGAACCAGGGGUUCUUACUACCGCGGGUGUUUCAACUAGUGGCUCUUACAACCAUCGGUCUUACAACCAGGGGUUCUUACAACCAGGGGUUCUUACAACCAGGGGUUUUACAACCAGGUUUUCUUACAACUGGGGACUUACAACCAGGGGUUCUUACAACUAAAAGUCUUACGGCCAAUGGUUCUUUCAACCUGGGGUCUCACAACUAGGGGUUCCGACAAUUAGAAGUCUUACCACCAGGGGUUCUUAUAACCAGCAGUCUUACAACCAGGGGUUCCUACAACCGGGGGUCUUCAAACCAGGGGUUCUUACAUCCUUGGGUCCUUAAAACCGGGGGUCUUAGAACCUGGGGUUCUUACUACCGGGGUGUUACAAGUAGUGGCUCUUAUAACCAUCAGUCUUACAACCAAGGGUCUUAAAAUCAGAGGUUCUUACAACCAGAGGUCUUACAAUUAGGGGUUCUUACAACCAGGGGUCUUAAAAUUAGAGGUUCUUACAACCAGAGGUCUUACCAUUAGAGGUUCUUACAAUAAUCUGCUGUUACUUUAAGGGGUUCUUUAAACCGGGGGUCAUAGAACCAUGGGUUCUUACACGCAGGGGGUCUUACAACAAUCGGUUCUUACAACAUGGGUUUUUAUGACUAGGGGUUCUUACAACCAGGGGUUCCGACAGUUAGGGGUCUUACAACAAGGGUUUCUUACAACCAGGGGUCUUUCAACCAGGGCUUCUUACAACCAGGGGUCUUAGAAGCAGGGGUUCUUACAUCUGGGGGUCUUAUAACUAGGGGUUUUUACAACCAGGGGUCUUAAAACCAAAGGCUCUUUAUCAACCAGGGGUUUUUACAACCGGAGGUCUUAGAAGCAGAGGUUUUUAAAACCAGCGGUUCUUUACAACUGGGCGUCUUACAACCAGGGGUUGUUACAACUGGGGGUCUUACAACCAUGGUUCUUACAACUGGGUGUCUUACAAUCAGGGUUCUUACAACCGGGUGUCUUAAAACCAGGGGUUCCUACCACAAGAGCUGAAGUGGUGGAUUUGAUUAAGGAGGAGGUAAAUAUUGUAACUCUACAUUUCCAAAAUUUGAAGUUUGAUUUUGAGUAUUUGCUUGGAUCAUGGUCUUCCUUGAAUAGGGUUUUUCUGUCAUAAGUGCAGUUCCUUAAAGCUGUUUUUAGUCAAUGAUGGCAGUCCAAGUAAAGAAGUGUUUUCACACUUUGUUAAUGAAUUAGAAUCAUCUCGUAUUUCAAAUUUUCCAUUUUUGCAUUAUAAUUUCACGUAGUUGAUUAUGGUAAGCCAAGCUGCUUUGCUGAUUUUACUUAACUUGAAAAUUUUAUAACCAUUAAGCUUUGUUCACUGAAAAACUUUGGAUCGCUUUCUUUCAGGAGAAAACUAACUCUAAUGCGUCAGCAAAGACCAAUGAUAGCUCCGCAAUGCCAUUAUCUGCACAGGUAAUUCUGUUUAGUAACUAUUUUUAACAACUUGUAGUUAUGAAGGUUUGGCCUAUAAAAGAGAAUUUCAUCCAUGUGCAUUUAUAUUGGCUGCGUUGCAGCCGGCCCACAGAAGGUUUAUGGUGUCUGUAAUACAGGCUACAUUUAUACCCUCACUCAAAAGAAGUAUAAUAUUUUGAUUCUGUUUUAAAAUAACUUCAUUUGUCCAGCAAAUUUGAACAGCAGUCGUUUGGCGAAUAUGCAAGUAUUUAGUUUUAAACGUCUGCAGUCAGUUGGUCUGAACGUCUAGUAGUCACUUCCCGAGUGCCUACAAUUUGUAAAUAUUUAAAGUAGGUUUUAGUGCAGGCAACUUUUGUUUUUCACUUCUGUUAACUACGUGAACGUCCUACAUGUACGCUUUAACUGAAACGUUUGUAAAAUUUUGUUAUGAUCAUGUUUAAAUCGCGGUAACUGAAACUGAUACUCCAUUUUUUUAUUUUCUUCUUUAGAAAGAUCAAGUCACAGGAGAUCGAUACAAAGAAUUCUUAAAGGAACAAAAAAAGAGGAAAGAAGACCUGGCAGCUAAAUGUAAAAGCGCAACCAAGAAACUGAAUUUUCCUGAUUCUUCCCACGAUGUCAUCAUGAAAAAGAUUGAUUCUCCAGACAACAUCAGCCUGAUUAAAAAGCAGCUUGAGGCACAAACAAGAGAGCAUAAUCUUCUAAAGAAUCAGAUCCCAGAUCAGGAGCAAUUCUUAAAGGUAAGCACAAAGCAAUGUAGUUUCUUUAUUCUCGGUCAAGAAUCAGGUUGCAGUGGCUACCAAAAUAAUAAUAGCAACAGGCCCCCUCAAAAAGUUCUUUCUUUCAGUCUUCUUUUUUAGUUUUUGUGGACUUGUUUUUUGUUGCGCUUCUCUCAUAGUUUGUGGUUGAAGAGCGAAGACUUUGGACAGUUUUUUUUUUUGCAGAAUGGGGCGAUUUGAAUUUCCCUGACAUUAAUGAUACUUUGCUGUCAACUUUGUAAGUUUGAAAAUCAAAGGAAAGAAAGGCAUAAUUUUAACAACAGUAUUAAAUCCAGUUUGUAUCGCUGCUGGAAGUGUGCUGUGCCUACAUUUAUUCAUGUAUUUAUUUUGACUUAAGAUGAUGGACAGAUUCGAAGAUUCUCUUUUCUCAUUAGUGGAGACGUUGGGGCACAGAUUGUCACAGAUCAAACAAUGGCUGGAAUAUUUAGAGACUGUGGUAAGUUGAAUAAUAAUAAUAACCUUUAUUUAUCCAUCUUUUAAAAUAUUUACAAUGGAUUUACAAUACUAUAAAAUGCUAUCAAGUGAUUAUUCUAAUAAAAAAGUAGGUAAGUAAGUCAGUAAGUAAACAUAACAGGUCAUUAAAGAAGUCUUGCAGCUCUUGCUAUAAAUGAAUUUGCAUGUCUUUGCAUCCCUGACUGUGGUAUUGCUACUGAGUGAACCUGGUUUGGAUCUUAAGUUAUAGCCGUGGCUGGUAUUUGGCUUAGUGAGAAAAAUUUGAUUUGGGUGGUUAAUAUAAUUUACAACUCUUUCUAAUUCAUGCUUUGUUGCUAUGUUGCACCUGUCCUCUAGUAUUGGAAGGGAUGUUCUUGGUAUCCCGAUGAUAUCUACACACCUGUUUUGUAAAGACUGCAACUCUUCUGCAAUGUACUUUUGCAAACUGCCCCACAGUGGGUGGCAUAUUCGAGAAGUGGGCGUAUUUUGGUACAAUAAUAUAUCCUGAUGCUGAUCUCUGUAGGUAGGUUUGCUUUCAUACAUUCCGUUAAAAAAUACAAUCUCUUGCUGGCUUUCUUUACAGUUUGACUUCAACAUGGUAAUUCCAACAUAGGUUGACAGUUUAAACAAGAACCCCUUUAACCCACUCCUUGACAAGCGUUUUUAAAGAAGAUUUUAUAGUAUGUUUAUAUGUUUGACCAAUACAAGGGUGAGGAUUCUGUGAUUUUAAGAGCUGUGCAGCUGCAAGCUGUAACCUAAUUAAGAAUAGAUGAAAUGACAAUAAUAAUAGUGAUAUUAGAUUGUUACAAAGAAUAAUAAUAUCAAAAGUAGGUUGAGUUUGUCCGGGUGAACGUAGUCUCCAUUUUGGUGACGUCCGCCAGUGUGACAACACAAUUUGUGCUUUGAACUAAAAAUCCAAAAAAAGUUUUCAGUCAUUAAUUGUAGUCCAUCGAGCAAGUUUAGUUAACAAAUAACAAAAAUCAUAAGAUAUACGGAAAUUUAGCACACAUGCAACAUUUGAGGGGUAGUUUGAUCCCAUCGUGGCAAUGCAGUUUUGAAUGUUCAAAACUAUGUGCCUAAAAUUUAAAUUAUCGUGACACAUCUAUUUUCGGUAUUUUGUCUGCAAGCUUGCUUUCAGUUUAUUGAUAUUUUUUUACCUUCACCUUCACAAUUCUGCAGUUAUCUCUUGUGGUAAAAUUGUAGAGCUGAGUCUGAUGUGUUUUUUUUCUUUUCAUUUUGCUAGAUUUUUUUGUUGUGUCCAAAGAUAGACAAUGAUAAUGAAUCUGUUAUGAAAAAUUAGCAACAUUGAGUUGUUGGAAUAUGUUUUUUUUAUUAGAAAGGGGAAAUUACAGAGAAUUUACUAGAAAGAGUCACCGAAGAAGGCUACAUCAUUGACUUAAAGCAGCACCAGGUGAUGAAAACUAUUAUUACAGUGCUGCCAUUCUUUAAAUAGGGUUCAAAGCCGGUCUGGUGAAAAUCUUAUUUUGCUUAUAAUAUUAUUAAUAUUAUGAGUCCCAUCAUUAUGAUGUAAGUGAUUGCCAUAUGUGUGUUCAGUUUAUUUCUUUCCUGGUUGUCUAAAAUGAAAAUUGGGAGUUAAAUUAAAAUGACAAGCUUUACUAAAUAAAUGCUUGUUAUUUAAUUUUACAAAUUAUUUUCCAUAUUUCCAAAUGGUCCAGCAGAUACAAAUUUAAUUAUGAAAUUCAUCACUAAGACUUGAACAGAUACACUGUAUGUUGUGUGACUCCCAUUUCUUUUUUUUCUUUAUAAAUCAACAGGAUAAGGAAAAUGACCUUUGCAAUUCCAAUGUACAAGUAAUUUUGAUAUUAAAGGAGUUAUGGAUCAGGUGCUUAAUGCAUGGCUGAAUGCUUUGGGGAUCCUCAUGAAGAAUAGAUACAUAAUGUAUGUGAAUUUGAUAAUUAGAAUAAUUAAUGCAUUGGCUGAUGUGCUUCGUUAUGAAAUUAGAAUUAAUCACCACAAUCACAGCUGAUUGGAUUAAUUACAAUAAAUAUUGAUAUAUGUAUUUUGAUUCUUACAUGUACAGCUCUUUGUUUAAUCUAAGAGUUGUUACUUUUUUUCUUAAUCUCCUAAUCUCCCUAUGCAACACUUGCCUAUUCUCAUCACUCUUUCCUUUUCAUAAUUUGUCUACACAUUCGUUAAUUCUUUUCUCUUAAAGGCUGAAUUUGUGGCUUACACUAUGAUGACCGUUUGUUAACUAAUUGACUAGUAUGUAUGUCUGUGGGUGCUGUAAGUUUGAUUUGAUUUUUUGUUUCAGGUUUAGAGAACAACACUGUGUUAUCAUAACACUUUCAAGUGUUACACAUGUAGCAAUAGUUCAGAGUCAGAUUAAAAGGUAA